UUGUUGAAUUAGGCCUUGCUACUUUUUUAUGGAUUGGAGUAUUGUAGGCCUACUUAGAAAGAGAUGCGGGUUGUUUGAUAACAACAACAAGGCUAUGUAAUCCAUUGUCUUUAAAAAAGAAAGAAAAGACAAAAUUUGCCCUGAACCUAAACGGACUUCUGUUAAGUGGACUGUACCAUUUCGAGCAGCGGGUGUGUCCUUUUCCGGCAGCUGUCUACACAGGGUCUGGUCAAAUUCUUCAACACAACCAGAAAUAGCCUGAAGAGUCAGUCAACCUGAAUGUGCUAUGGCUGCUACUGGAGUUCUCCCCUUUAUCAGGGGAGUAGACUUAAGUGGGAACGAUUUUAAAGGUGGCUACUUCCCGGAGCAUGUCAAGUCUAUGUCCAGUCUGAGAUGGCUGAAGUUGAACAGGACAGGAUUAUGCUACCUUCCAGAGGAGCUGGCCUCCCUCCAGAAAUUGGAACAUUUGUCAGUGAGCCACAACAGCCUUACGACGCUUCAUGGCGAGCUCUCCAGCCUGCCCAACCUACGGGCGGUUGUGGCGAGAGCAAACAACCUAAAGAACUCCGGAGUUCCAGACGAUAUAUUUCAACUUGAAGACCUCUCAGUCCUGGACUUGAGCUACAACCAGUUGACUGAGAUUCCAAGAGACCUGGAGAAUUCCAGGAACAUGCUGGUUCUCAACCUGAGUCACAACGGCAUUGAUAACAUACCAAACCAGCUGUUCAUUAACCUCACGGAUCUUCUCUACUUGGAUCUGAGUGACAACAAAUUAGACAGUCUGCCUCCUCAGAUGAGACGUCUGGUUCAUUUGCAGACAUUAAUAUUGAACAACAACCCUCUCAUGCAUGCCCAGCUAAGACAAUUGCCAGCCAUGGUAGCUCUUCACACAUUACAUCUGAGAAACACUCAGCGCACACAAAGCAACAUGCCUACCAGCUUAGAGGGCCUUGCGAAUCUAGCAGAUGUGGAUUUGUCCUGCAAUGACCUGACCAGGGUGCCAGAGUGCCUCUAUUCCUUGGCCAGCCUUAAGCGCCUCAACCUCAGCAGCAACCAGAUCUCUGAGCUCUCCUUAUGCAUCGACCAAUGGACCCAGCUAGAGACACUGAACCUCUCCAGAAAUCAGCUGACUUCCCUUCCUUCUGCCAUCUGUAAGCUGGCCAAGCUGAAGAAGCUGUAUUUGAACUCAAAUAAGCUUGACUUUGAUGGCUUGCCAUCUGGCAUUGGAAAGCUGUCGGGCUUGGUGGAAUUCAUGGCUGCUAAUAACAACCUGGAGCUUGUUCCUGAGGGUUUAUGCAGGUGUGGAAAGCUGAAGAAACUGGUGCUGAACAAGAAUCGUUUGGUGACACUACCUGAGGCCAUCCAUUUCCUCACUGAUCUGGAGGUGCUGGAUGUACGAGAGAACCCUAACCUGGUGAUGCCCCCCAAACCGGUGGAUCGCACAGCUGAGUGGUACAACAUCGACUUCUCCCUGCAGAACCAGCUGCGCCUGGCUGGAGCCUCGCCUGCCACUGUGGCCGCUGCAGGAGGAGGAGCGAGCCAACGCGACCCCCUGGCCAGGAAGAUGAGGCUGAGGAGGCGCAAGGACUCGCAGCAAGACGACCAGGCCAAGCAGGUGCUAAAGGGCAUGUCAGACGUGGCUCAGACCAAGAACAAGAACAUUGAGGAAAACGGGGAUCUAAAGUACUCCGACCUGAAGACGAAGCGCUGGGAUAAGAGCCUGGAGAAGUCCCAUCUGGAUUACUCCGAGUUCUUCACGGAGGAUGUGGGCCAGAUCCCUGGUGUCUCGGUGUGGCAGAUUGAGAACUUUGUGCCCAUGCAAGUGGAGGACGCCUUCCAGGGGAAGUUCUAUGAAGCGGACUGCUACAUUGUGCUCAAGACAAGCUUGGACGACAACGGACAACUGACCUGGCAGAUCUUCUACUGGAUCGGGCAGGAGGCCACCCUGGACAAGAAGGCCGGCUCUGCCAUCCACGCCGUGAACCUGCGGAACUACCUGGGAGCUGAGUGCAGGACGAUCCGCGAGGAGAUGGGAGACGAAAGCGAGGAGUUCAGUGCAGUGUUUGACAAUGAAAUCUCAUACAUUGAGGGAGGAACUGCCAGUGGAUUCUACACUGUUGAAGACACUCAGUAUCCAACACGGCUGUACCGCGUGUAUGGAAAGAAGAAUAUCAGAUUGGAAUCGGUCCCUGUGAAAGCAUCAUCACUCGAUCCACGGUUUGUCUUCUUGCUGGAUGCUGGCCUGGAGAUUUAUAUCUGGAGAGGAGCGAACGCCACCCUCAGUGGCACCACCAAGGCCAGGCUAUUUGCUGAGAAGAUCAACAAGAAUGAGAGGAAGGGCAAAGCUGAGAUAACUACAUUAAUGCAGAGCGCAGAGCCACCCGAGUAUUGGGAGGCGCUCGGAGGCCAGCCUGAGGAGAUUAAGAAGCAUGUCCCUGACGACUUCAAUCCACUUCUGCCCAAACUUUACAAGGUUGGACUGGGCUUGGGCUAUCUGGAGCUUCCGCAGAUCAACUACAAACUCUCUGUGGAACAUAAAGCGAAAAAGCUCAAACUGGAUGUCAUUCCUGAGCGCAGACUGCUCCAAAGCCUCCUGGACACCAAAGGCGUGUACCUCCUGGACUGCUGGUCGGACGUGUUCAUCUGGAUCGGCCGCAAGUCUCCGCGGCUGGUCAGAGCCGCUGCCCUCAAACUGGGCCAGGAGCUGUGCAGCAUGCUGCACCGGCCCAAACACGCAGUAGUCAUCCGCAACCUGGAGGGCACUGAGUGUCAGGUCUUCAAGUCAAAGUUCAAGAACUGGGAUGAUGUGCUGCGAGUGGACUACACCAGGAAUGCCGAGAGCGUCCAGCAGACGGACAACCUGAGCGGCAAAGUUAAGAAGGACACGGAGCAGAAGGAUCAGAUGAAAGCCGACCUGACGGCCCUCUUCCUCCCCAGGCAGCCACCCAUGCCGCUUACCGAGGCUGAGCAGAUGAUGGAGGAGUGGAAUGAAGAUCUGGACGGAAUGGAGGGCUUUGUUUUGGAAGGAAAGAAGUUUGCUCGCUUGCCAGAGGAAGAAUUUGGCCACUUCCACACACAGGACUGUUAUGUAUUCUUAUGCAGGUACUGGGUGCCUGUGGAGUACGAAGACGAUGGGGAGGAGAAGAAGCAGAAGGAGAAAGGGGAGGAGGAGGGGGGCGAGGAGGAGAAGCAGCCGGAGGAGGACUUCCAGUGUGUGGUGUACUUCUGGCAGGGCAGAGAGGCCUCCAACAUGGGCUGGCUCACCUUCACCUUCAGUCUGCAGAAGAAAUUCGAGAGCUUGUUUCCAGGCAAACUGGAGGUGGUCAGAAUGACCCAGCAGCAAGAAAACCUCAAGUUUCUCUCUCACUUCAAGAGGAAGUUCAUUAUUCACAAAGGGAAGAGGAAACUGAAGGUGGACAAUGUUCAACCAAGUCUGUACCACAUCCGGACAAAUGGCAGUGCCCUGUGUACAAGGACAAUACAGAUACCCACAGAUUCAAGUAACCUCAACUCAGAAUUCUGCUUCAUAUUGAAGGUGCCAUUCGAAAGUACAGACAACCAGGGAAUAGUGUACACAUGGGUGGGCCGGGCAGCAGACCCAGAUGAAGCUAAACUAGCAGAGGAUAUCAUGAACUCCAUGUUCGACGAUACCUACAGCAAACAGGUCAUAAAUGAAGGCGAGGAGCCUGAGAACUUCUUCUGGGUGGGCAUUGGCUCACAAAAGCCUUAUGACGAGGAUGCGGACUACAUGAAAUAUGCCAGGCUCUUCAGGUGUUCCAAUGAGAAGGGUUACUUUGCCGUGUCGGAGAAGUGCUCAGACUUCUGUCAGGAUGACCUUGCUGAUGAUGACAUCAUGCUUCUAGACAAUGGGAAAGAGGUUUACAUGUGGGUGGGCACGCAAACCAGUCAGGUGGAAAUUAAGCUAAGUCUGAAAGCUUGUCAGGUCUACAUCCAGCACAUGAGGUCCAAGGAUGCGGAGCACCCAAGGAAGCUGAGGCUGGUUCGCAAGGGGAACGAGCCCCACUGCUUCACGCGCUGCUUCCAUGCCUGGAGCACCUUCAAGACUGCCCCCGCCUAAACAGAUACGCCCUUCAAGACCGCCCCCACCUAAACAGAUUCGCCCUUCAAGACCGCCCCCGCCCAAACAGAUACGCCCUUCCAUUCCUCUCCACAGGCCCUGCUGCUGCUUGCUCGCCCCACCCCAACCCCGCCCAAAAAUGCAGACAUUUUACACAGCAAGAAGCCCUCUGUUUCCAUAGGACACUGCACUAUAAUUAUCGUUCACCUUUCUCACCAAGUCUCUUUAACUCAUACAAGGCUUGUAUUCAUUUAUGGUAUGUUUACAACAGACUUAAAUAUUUGAGUUUAAUUUAAAUGUUUGGUGGUUAGCCUGAGAGAGGUCUUAGGAGAUCAUUUCAGAGGUCAGAUGCAAUAUCUUAGAGCACAUAUAUUUUUAAGUGAUAUCUUCAAGGGACUUUUCUUUUUUCCUUCUUUUUUCACAUAACAUAUCCAUUAGGAAACAAGGAUGUUAAGAAUUACAAAGAAUGUUUUGAAAAUGGAAAAUGUAUAUGGAUGUGUCUGUGUGGGCUGAAUAGCUUUGUUCAUCAGUGUGCAAAUGUUUGUUUUUUAGUUUUUUUGUACUUGUUAUUAUCUGGAGGGUUCCAUCAUUUACAUGUUUCAAAUGCUUUCAAACAAAUCACUGCAACACGGACACGUGUUUCAAAUGCUUUCAAACAAAUCACUGCAUCAUGGACACAUGAAAUUGAACUUCUGUAGAGUGAAAAGCACAAACAACGUUGAGUGCCCUCCUAUGUGUUUUGUGCCAUUCACAGCUUAUAUGUUUGUGGUGUAUUUUUUAGCUCAUGUACGUGAGUAUACCGUCCUAGCAUUUAUUUUGUUAGAGCGUACUCAAGUUAAUGGGGAAAUGACUGUGCCAAGAAUCAGACAAGUUAAGGCCAGGUUUUCUGAGGCACCUGCUUUGUUAAAUGGGGUCAAGUCCCUCGGCAGGCUAAACUUGCAAACAAGGUCUGCCUUAAAGAGCAACAUUCAAUAUUAUAUUCAGAACGGAUGUUUUACCAGAUCAUAUGUACUGGUAGAUGUCCCUACUGUCUAGAACCAUCAGUUUUAGUGUGCAAUGUGCAUUAAUCUUUUGUUAUACAUAUAUACCUGUGUACACACAAUGCAAUAUGUUUGCUUAUAGGCCACUGUAAACUGCCUUGUUGUCCCACAUCCUUUGAUAUCCAAAUUGUGUAUUUUCAUUGUCACUUGGAAAAAUAUUUCAUGCCUGGAAACCCACCUGCAGAUGCUCUAUUUAUGUAUUUUAUAUUGAAAUAAAAGUUCCUCUGGAGAAUUUCAA